AUGCCCCCACUGCUGCACCCCGCCCUGCUGCUGCUCCUGGGCGCCACGCUGACCUUCCGGGCGCUGCGGCGCGCGCUCUGUCGUCUGCCUCUGCCGGCGCACGUGCGCGCCGACCCUCUGCGCACCUGGCGCUGGCACAACCUGCUCGUCUCCUUCGCCCAUUCCAUUGUGUCAGGGAUCUGGGCUCUGCUGUGUGUAUGGCAGACCCCCGAAAUGCUGGUAGAGAUUGAGACAGCAUGGUCGCUUUCUGGGUAUCUCCUCGUUUGCUUCUCCGCAGGUUAUUUCAUCCACGACACGGUGGACAUCGUGGUUAGUCGUCAGGCUCGAGCUUCUUGGGAAUACCUGGUCCAUCAUGUCAUGGCCAUGGGUGCCUUCUUUUCAGGCAUCUUUUGGAGCAGUUUUGUAGGUGGGGGUGUCCUAACACUGCUGGUAGAGGUCAGCAACAUCUUCCUCACCAUUCGCAUGAUGAUGAAGAUCAACAAUGCCCAGGAUCUACUCCUCUACAGGAUCAAUAAGUAUGUCAACUUGGUCAUGUAUUUUCUCUUCCGACUGGCCCCUCAGGCCUACCUCACCCAUUUCUUCAUGCAAUAUGCGUAUCAGAGGACACUAGGCACCUUUCUGCUGGGUAUCCUGCUCAUGCUGGACAUCAUGAUACUCAUCUACUUUUCCCGCCUCCUCCGCUCGGACUUCUGCCCUGAACGUGAACCCAGCCCACGACAGAAAGACAAGUUCUUAACAGAGUGAGAGGCACAGAGCCUGGUACUUGAGGCAAGGACAGCAAAUAGCCAAUUAACAGCCUCAUGCAUAAGCUGAGAUGAGAGCCCCAGACCUGGGGCAUCCAGCCUCUCCACUUUUCAAGCCUGCACCCACUAUUGAAAACACUAAU